AUGCAGGGAACAGCGUCGUGGAGGGUGGUGGAACAGGCGCGCGCGCGUGAGCUUGGCCGCCUGAAGUACCCGGUGCAUCUGGGUCUCGCAUGUGGCGCGGUGCUUGAUGUCACGCAUUUCCACGUAUCCCUGCGGUUGGCAGAGACUGCGGUGGGUCUCGAAAAACCGCCGGUAUCCGCCAUCCAAGACUACAAUGUCUGGAUAGUGGAGGUACGGGUAGCGGUGGGCAUUGUGGGCGCGGUCCAACUUUCGCAAGUGGCUGGCCAUUGUGGGCGCCCUGAACACCGAGUACUCGCAGUGGAAUAUGAGAAGGCGUGUGCGGCGCAGAACAGGGCGGCCAAAGAACAUGUGCUGCAAUUCGCUCUGCAGCGGUGCGUGCAUGGCACCAUCAAUGUGUCCGCCUUGGUAUUCGUAACGGAACCGGCAGUCCACCACAAUGUACUCGUCGAACAAGCCGGCGCGCGCGCCCGAAAGUAUGCGCGCCAUUUCUUCGGCGUCGAUGCGCGGGAGCAGCUCCUGCGCCGCUUGGAACGUGCGGAUGGGCGUGUGCCGGAGGUGGCCUGUGGGCGGCUCGCCCUGACUGAGAUCCUCCAACGGCACAAAGCUCAGGUCGUGCAGUUUGUCCUCGUAGUGAUGGCUAGCAUAGGUAUUUCCCGAAUACUCGCUUUCCUCAUAGUGUCGUUGGCUGUAAAGAUUCUCCUCAUAGGAACGCUCCGUCAACUUUUUAUUCGCGUAGCAAUCGAGGGGGUACUUAUCCAUCGGGUAGUUUUCCUUUUCCAGAUCGCAGUCUGA